AUGUACGGUGUUAAACUAAAGAGUAGCCCACGAAAAGUCUCCCCUCCGGGACCUACGUUUAUGAGCGAUGAAGAGCUGGGAAGUUACCUACGGGAUCUUCGAUCAGCUCGUCCACCACGGCCCAAUGGCUCACGACCACUUCCUUCGAAGGUCUCUGGGUCAGCAACACCUGCCAGCAUAAAAGAUAUGCCGGCUAGACCAGCGCCUUCGUUUUCUACCCGACCAUCAGAGAAGAUACAUUCUCGGACCAGCUCCAAGGAUAUUAUCCCCCGCUCAUCCAGCGCUCUCUCACAUCGAAGGACCACCUCAGAGUUAUCAUCACAUACUAGUAGCUCCGGUGGAACACCGCCAAUACCGGAAUCCGAGGUGUAUAACGGGGCAAGAAAUGUAUCCCAAUGCGGGAUUAGCUUGGCCUCAACAACCUCGACCACAGUGCCAUACAUAGAGCGUGGCCAAAGAUGGAUGGAAAGACAAGAAGUCCGGUCUCUUAGGUCGGCAUUGGAAGAAAUGGACGUUCAAGAAGACGAAAACAGAUUAUUUGAGGCAGCCCAGGAGGAAGCAACAGAACUCGUUCUGGAGCACCAGACUCAUGGAUUUAGACACAAUGAUACCCAUUCAGCUUAUAGAAACCCUGAUUUGAAGACCGUAAGCAGACUACGGCAACAUUUGGAGAAGGGCAGUCACUCGAGGGCUUCUAGCCUCGGGGCACGUGGAGACAUCAUCCGGAGUCAACUCAUGUCUGACAGCGUCCGAUCUUCAUCGGAUAGUUCAAGCGGAAGCAACUCUGUAUCUGGUAAGCAGCCAACAUAUGGGGUUAAUGCAGCCCAAUCCGCCGCUACUGAAGAUGCAUCGUCGUUAAAUGUGACAAAGAAUGGAACAUCCCGGCCAGCGCGAAAAGUCAAUUUUGCUCUCUCUAAGGAUGAGACUGAUAAAAAAAAUGAUAUCCAGAGCCGCAGGAGAUCUACCAGUGGUGGCUCUUCCAAAGGAAUAUUCAGGAACCCAGAAGACUCCAUAUACGAGGAGCCUGAAAAGAAUAACGCAAACGAGGAGCCUAGUUCGUCUCAAACUACUGCUUCCGCCUCUCCUUUAACCGUCAAACCUCAUAACUCCGUACUUCGUGGCGCACGCCCGUUCCCAAAUAGAUGGAGUAUUACAACUUGUGGAAAACUAAAUCGAUUUGAUAUACAUAAGAAUCCACCAACCCAGACCAGAAACCCUCUUUACACAACCAACACCUACACCCCGCGGGAACAAACACCAGAGUCAGAAAAGGAACAAAGUACUCCCACUAAGAAUGGCAUCGAAAUUCGUGAUGAUGAAAUUCGCGCCGCAACAAGCAUGAGGCUGAAAGACCGAAGCACAAAGCUUCCGAUGCCUUCAGCCGUGAGUGAUAGGCCAGGUCGACCAAUCGUGAGUUUUGACCCCAAUUGGAAAGAACCAGAGAGAGACGAGCCUGUCAGCCCACCAAGCAACGAAUCUUUCCAGGGUAGCGGACAUGCUAUCCUAAGGCAGGGCUCCAAUAGCACACCACCCCUUGCUUCUAUACCAGAAGUUAGUGUUAGUGCUCCCGCAGUCCCCAGUAUUGCAGUUGACAGUGAAGGGCCUAUAUUACCGGAGAUUCGCGUCUCUCCUCUUGGGCCUACCAUAUCGGAGAUAGAGCAAGCAAGCCAAAUCCAACAGAGGGAGCUGCCUAGCCCUGGACCGAAUCAUGCCAACCGCCGCCCAAACCCGGGGAUCGAAAGAUAUCAGUCCCUCUCUAAAGCAGGUGUCCCGACAGCAACCUGCGUUAUUUGUGAUCUAUCCAUAUCUGGACGGAUCGUCACAGCAAGCUCUUACCGGCUUCAUCCAGAGUGUUUCAACUGUUUUCACUGCCACACUCCUCUCGAAUGCGUUGCAUUCUAUCCGGAGCCAGAGCAGAAGCGCCAGAAACGACUGUCUCAUUCGGAAUCUUAUCAUGACCUAGGGCUCGAUGCACCACGAUUCUAUUGCCAUUUAGACUUCCAUGAGUUGUUUAGCCCACGAUGCAAGAGCUGCAAAACACCCAUUGAAGGCGAGGUUAUCGUUGCAUGUGGCUCAACCUGGCAUGCCGGUCACUUUUUCUGCGCUGAAUGCGGUGAUCCAUUUACGCCAACCACUCCAUUUGUUGAGAAGGAAGGCUUUGCAUGGUGUGUCCGAUGUCAUUCACGACGUACUGCAUCAAAAUGCAAGGCCUGCAAGAAGCCAGUACUGGAUGAUGUAGUAGUCUCCGCACUUGGAGGACAGUGGCACGAUGAAUGUUUCCGGUGCCACGAAUGCCAGGGAUCUUUCGGGCCUGACGGGCGUUUCUUUGUGAGACAAGGUAAGCCUAAGGUAAACGCGAGGGGAAGACAGAUAGGUGGCCCAGUUGAGCUACCUGUCUGCGAGUCCUGUGAGUCGAAACGGUUAAAGGCGUGA